AUGCCUCUAACCCUCCUGCAAGACACGGUGAAAAGUCUGCAAGCUUCGUGUUGGUGUUUUUCUCGCGUUCUCCAAACCCGUGACGAUCUUCGAGUUGUCAAUUUACUCGGCGGUGACUACUCCGAGUUGAGUGUGGGUACUAUGGAGGGUGCAUCACAAGCACCCCAUUUGCACCACCACCACCGCAAGCGACGACGAGGUUGGGAGAAAGGGCCAUAUGUGCGUGUGCACUACGAGAAUCUGUCAAAAGCAAGUUUGGACCAUCUUCAGAACCUUCUGUCCUCGUGGUCAUCAUGGGAGUCCACUCAAACCCCUUUCGCUGAACGCGAGGGUCAGAAGGAGCAUCAGAGCACAAGGCUGAGUGGAACGGACGUCUACUUCCCUUCCUCUGGGCCCUCCUCUGCAGCAGUCCCCUCUGUGCUCUCUCGCCUUGGUCCUUUGGGUUCGUUUCGCUCUCCUGGGGCUUCAGAGCGUGGAUCCAUAGCACCACUGCGUGUAUGGGCUUCUCUACCCCCACCCAAGCCCCUGCCCUCCACUUCACUUCCUCCAAAGCAAUUACAACCGCCAUCUGCUGCGGCUGAACCUUCUACUGGCUCUCCUGGUGCUGCUGGUGCCGCUACGGCUGUGGAUGCACGUGCUGACGCUGGUGCUGAUGCGGCAGGUGCUGUGGCAUCUCGUAGUGGUGAUGGCCAAGCUGCUGGUGUCCCU